CAACCUGUGCAGCGGCUCUUCCUCCAGAGGACGCCCGGCUGAUGAAGAGGAGGAGCGGACGACCAUUGGCUGUCCCGACCGCCGCGGCUGGGAGGCACCGGACUCACGGACCCCGUUUUACGGUCGGAAAACACCUAAAACACCGCGGAACUCGGACGGAGACGAAGGGAAUAUACUCUUCUUUUAUUAGCUGUGUUUUCUCCCGCCACACCCGACCGGAUAACAGCUCUCUGACGGUUUAAAUGUUGUCUGGAAGUUUUUUUUUUUUGGGGGGAGUCGAGCAGCGAUGUGGUGACGCGACGGGGAAGCUAACUGUUAGCCGCUAACGCCACUCGAUAAGAUUAAUCAUUACAGCCGCGGAGGCUCCGGAGAAAACCCGGUUUCAGGACCUUUACCGCCUGUUUUUGGUAUUUUCGAUGAUGUAACAUGCACCGGUAUGAGAUGCAGUACCAUGCCGUCUACUUUUAUACGAAAUAGAAGCUACCUAGCUGGCUAGUAGCUGCUGUUUUAAACUGACUUCAAGCCAAAGAACUCUGCUUCCAAUUAGCUCGAAGCUAACCGGGCUACAGCUGCCUCCACGUCAGCUCCCUGCACCGACACACGUCUGUCUGCUCUCUCGUCUUUUAUUCUGCGUGUUGAGCUCUUGUUUCGGACGAUGGCCAUGUUGUUGUGACACUUUACUUCCAUAAAAUCCAGGUAUGCAAGCGUCGUACCUGCUGCUGGCGUGCUAACGCUGCGUUAGCCGGGCCACACUGGGAACACUGGGAACACUGCCCCCUGUUCACUCUGUGGGGGUUUCGCUUUGAGGCCUUUUAGGAAAUUAUCCUCUUUUUUUCCCACCUAGAGACCCUUUUCACAGCCUUAAUGCAUCCCAGCCUGUGGAAGGACUCCCUGUGAAGAGGCUGUGGCAGCAGCUGGACUGAUUAAUAAAGUAAAUAAAGUUGGAUUAUAAAAGUGUUUGGAUCAACGUUAUUCCUCCAAGAUGAUGUGCGAGGUGAUGCCCACCAUCAGCGAGUCCGAAGGGGGAGGCGGCGGCGGCCGUCGGGGCUCCGGCUCCCCGCUGCAGUCGGACUCGGAGGGCCACUUUGAGUCGCUGAUGGUGUCCAUGCUGGAGGAGAGGGAUCGUCUUCUUGACACUCUGAGAGAGACUCAGGAGAAUCUGGGCUUGACUCAGGGCAAACUGCAUGAAGUUAGCCAUGAAAGGGACUCACUGCAGAGACAACUCAACACUGCUUUGCCACAGCUGGCUUACCUCAGGGAGCAGAACAGCCAGAAGAGAGGGCUUGCAGAUGGAACCAGCGAGGUCAACCACAACUCUGAAAACACACCAAGCACUAAUGGCAAGCGGUCAUCGGAUGGUUCGCUGAGUCAGGAGGAGGAGUCAGGGCCUGUGUUCGGGAAGGUCGGUGAGCUCCAGGAGGUGGUGGACCGUCAGACGGCUGAUCUGGGCCAGAUGAAGGAGCGCAUGGCUGCUAUGGUCUCACGCAUCAAUGAGCUAGAGGAAGACCUGGACACGGCCCGAAAGGACCUCAUCAAGUCCGAAGACAUGAACACGCGGCUACAGAGAGACCUGAGAGAGUCAAUGGCUCAGAAGGAAGACAUGGAGGAGAGGAUCACCACCUUGGAGAAGCGCUACCUGGCAGCUCAGCGGGAGGCUACCUCCGUCCACGACCUGAACGACAAGCUGGAGAAUGAAGUGGCCAACAAGGAUUCCCUCUUCAGACAAACUGAGGACAGAAACCGGCAACUCCAAGAGAAGCUGGAGCUGGCUGAGCAGAAGCUGCAGCAGACCAUCCGCAAGGCAGAGACUCUGCCUGAGGUGGAAGCAGAGCUAGCCCAAAGAGUAGCUGCCCUCACAAAGGCAGAGGAACGCCACGGCAAUGUGGAGGAGAGACUGAAGCAGCUGGAGGCCCAGCUGGAGGAGAAGAACCAGGAACUGCUCAGGGCACGACAGCGAGAGAAGAUGAAUGAGGAGCACAACAAGCGUCUGUCAGAGACGGUGGACAAGCUCCUUUCAGAGUCCAACGAGAGACUCCAGCUUCACCUCAAAGAGAGGAUGUCUGCUCUGGAGGAUAAGAAUGCCCUCAUAAGAGAACUGGAGCACACCAAGAAGUUGAUUGAGGAGUCUCACCAUGAGAAGGAGCAGCUCCUGAUCCAGAUUGAGACCAUGAGGGCAGAGAACGAGCAGGGUAGAAGCAGGAGUAACUCCUUACUACAUGGUCGGUCUCAGCUGGGCAGCACUCCAGAUUUCAGGUAUCCAGUGUCGGCUUCCUCGAUGAUGGACAGUAACUCGGACCAUUAUGGCAGCGCUCUUGUGCUGAGACGGCCUCAAAAAGGACGGAUGGCAGCGCUCCGGGACGAGCCAUCCAAGGUGGGCUCCCAGCGACAUGUGCAGACUUUGAAUGAGCAGGAGUGGGAGCGCAUGCAGCAGGCCAACGUGCUGGCAAAUGUGGCUCAGGCCUUUGAGAGUGACAUGGAUGCUUCAGACCUGGAGGAGGACCGAGAGACGAUUUUCAGCUCGGUGGAUCUGCUGUCCCCUGGUGGCCAGGCUGACGCACAGACCCUCGCCUUAAUGCUGCAGGAGCAGCUGGACGCUAUCAACAAUGAAAUCAGAAUGAUCCAGGAGGAGAAGGAGAGCACAGCCAUCCGGGCAGAGGAGAUUGAGUGCCGGGUGGGCAGCGGCGAUAGCCUGGGAGGACGUUUCCGCUCAAUGAGCUCCAUCCCUCCGUCACUGUGUGCAGGCUCCUCGUUGGGCGGCUCCCCCCCAGGCUCCGGCCACUCCACGCCCAGACGCAUUCCCCGCAGCCCCAACAGAGAACUGGACCGAAUGGGGGUCAUGACCUUGCCUAGUGACCUGCGCAAGCACCGCAGGAAGUCUGCUCAGGAUGACAAGGCCACUAUCCGAUGUGAGACGUCACCCCCCACCACUCCACGCUCCAUGCGCCUAAACAGGGAUGUAGGGCAUGCUGCAAGCCAUGAGGACAUUAGAGACAUUCGAGGUCUGGCUGGCCUGCAGGACGGCCAGGGUAGUAACCCCAGCAGUAGUAACAGCAGCCAGGACUCCCUCAACAAAGCAGCCAAGAAGAAGAGCAUCAAGUCUUCCAUCGGUCGCCUCUUUGGGAAGAAGGAGAAGGGCCGACCCAGCAUUCCCGGCAAGGACUCCCCCAGCCAAGCUGGCACUCCGGAGGCAGAGAGCUCUCCUAAGGAUGGCUUAGGGAUGGGCACUCUGGGAGGCCCUGCAGAGAAGAACAGGAAGCUGCAGAAGAAUCCAAAGACCGGGCAUGAAUUACUGGAGGAGGCUCGCAGGCAGGGCCUGCCAUUCGCCCAGUGGGACGGACCAACUGUCGUGGUUUGGCUGGAGCUGUGGGUGGGCAUGCCGGCCUGGUACGUGGCUGCAUGCCGUGCCAAUGUGAAGAGUGGAGCCAUCAUGUCGGCGCUGUCGGACACAGAGAUCCAAAGGGAGAUUGGUAUCAGCAACCCGUUGCAUCGCUUGAAGCUUCGCCUGGCCAUCCAGGAAAUCAUGUCGCUCACCAGCCCGUCUGCCCCGCCCACCUCACGAACGACCACAGGAAACGUUUGGGUCACACAUGAAGAAAUGGAAAGUUUGGCAGCCACACCUCCCACGACUCUGGCGUAUGGAGACAUGAACCACGAGUGGAUCGGUAACGAGUGGCUGCCCAGCCUGGGUUUGCCGCAGUACCGCUCCUACUUCAUGGAGUCCCUGGUGGACGCCCGCAUGCUCGAUCACCUCACCAAGAAGGACCUUAGGGGACAGCUCAAAAUGGUGGAUAGCUUCCACAGGAACAGUUUUCAGUGUGGGGUGAUGUGUCUGAGGAGGCUCAACUAUGACCGGAAGGAGCUGGAGAGGAGAAGGGAAGAUUCUCAAAUGGAGCUUCAAGAAGUGAUGGUGUGGAGUAAUGAGCGUGUGGUCAGCUGGGUUCAGUCCAUCGGGCUCAAAGAGUACAGUGGAAACCUUUAUGAGAGCGGAGUCCACGGAGCGCUGCUCGCCAUGGACGAGACCUUCGAUCACAACGCCCUGGCCCUGCUGCUGCAGAUCCCCACGCAGAACACACAGGCCAGAGCGACUCUUGAGCGUGAGUACAGCGGUCUGCUGGCCAUCGGCACAGAAAGGAGAAUGGAAGAGGAUGACGAUAAGAACUUCCGCCGAGCUCCCUCAUGGAGGAAGAAGUUCAGGCCCAAAGACAUGAGGGGGAUGUCCUUGGGUGCGUCCGACACCCUGCCUGCCAACUUCCGAGUGACCAGUAGCGGCGCGGCGUCUCCCUCCACGCAGCCAAAGAGGAGCCCGAUGGACGGUAACCGCUGGUCAGAGGACGAAGGGGAGUUCCCCGCGUUCAAGACCAGGAUGAUGAACUGAAAUGACUCGCAAGGACACUAAAAAGACGUUUUUGUUUUUUGUCGUGGUCACAGAGAAAGACCUUACUCACCAAUCUCAGUAUCCCUAGAGGACACUUUCUAGAUUUAUCUGCAUUUGUUGUUAUAUUUAUGUAAACCAAUGGGACAUUUUAAUUGAUUUUAGAAUUACUAUGUAAUCCCUUUUUUUGCCUCUAUCCCCUUAAUCAACCCACUUUUUAAAAAAGAAACAUUUCUCCACUGUGCCCGUAUUAAGCUCAGCUCUCAGAUGUAUGUAACUGAAUGUUUCAAUUGUCUGGAGUUUGUAUAUUUCUACCAACAGACAUUUUAUCUAAUCUUUUUUAUAAUCCUGAUUCUAUUGACCAGAUGUAUGUUUUUUUUUUCUUUCUCCUCUUUGAUUUGAAUUCUAAUCAUUGAAUUUAUGCUUAAGUGACUUUGAUAUCUGAUAUAACUUAAUUCAUAUCCUUUGCCCUUUUUAACUGUUGUAAUUUUUGUAGCUUAUUACCUGUGAUUUUGUGUAAAUGCAGCUCUUAGGUCAACGGAUGUGUGAAUAUCAGACAAAUUGCUGGAGUUGUCAGACUGUUUCACAAACUGCUCAAACACUGUGAGCCACCAUCACCGUUGAAAUAACUGCUGGCAAGCCUGGUGAUGGUGACGACAGAUAUCAUGUGAAACACACAGUAUAUUUUCCUUUUCUCUUCUUUCUUUUCCGUAUCUGCGAAACCAAAAUGAAACUCUUGAAUUUUAAGAAUUAAAGCCAUAUAACAGUAGCGAAAACAAAAACCGAGGGCUUCUUUCGGAUGCAAGUGAAAACAGAAUUCGAGGUUCUCUCCAGUCGACCUUGCAUGCAGAAACUUCUCCACUUAUCCCCGCCCCUCCACACCCAGCUCGCCCCUUUAACGGAAACAAACCUCCCUCACCUCUUGGAGAAACACACACACGCAGGCUCACCUGUACGGGAGGACUUGAAACGUACGGACGAGUCGGAAGUGUGGCGACUCCUUCGAUGGACCAACUUCACUGAGGCCUCAGUCGAUCCCCGCUGUGACUAGAUAACCCUCAAGGCGGCGAGAUCCACCCACAAACCUUUUAAAAAAAAAAAAAAAAAAAAAAAAAAAAAAACACUUUGUACGAAGAUUUCAUAUCGAGCCUUAUUGUUUCUUAACUCCUCUCUGUCGUCUGUUCUUAUUUAUUAUUACUCAUCCACGUUGUGUUUCGUCAGUCGUACUUUCAUAGCCGAAGCCCCAGUGUGCUCCUAUGAAUGUAGCAAAGCUCCUCGCGUCUGUUUGUCCUGUCUAUGCUCCCAAACACAGGUUCCUCCGUUAGUUUUCACGGCGAACGAGAAGGAACCGAAGAGUUUUUCUUUCACCCUUCAUGUAGUUCAAGGUUAAAGUAGAAAUGCUUUUUUUUUUUUUUUCUGUUUGUGAUUUAGUCUUUUAUGCACAAUGCAAAUCAUGUUGCUGUUCUAUUCCUGCUCUUCCCAUUGAAUCUUCUGAUCUUGUAACAAUGAUGUACAGUCUGAGUACUUAUAAACUAUUUUUAUCACAAUAUUAUUUAUUGCUUACUUUCAAUAAAAUACUGAAACUUAUUUUCCACUGCA